AUGGCUCCGAAGCACAAAGAUGGCGACAUUGUCGCUGUGAUUCCUGGGCAAUACAUUUCCUGGUUGCAUACCAUAGUGGCUUAUGCUGCUUUUCUGGGAGCUCUGAUUGUUGGAAUUGGCCUCCACUACGAGAAGAUUGUGCAAAAUGAGCAUUUCGGCUACCCUAUCGAGUGGUUCCCCUCGGUCUCUGCGACGAUUGGCGACCGAUACCCCGAACGCUCCGUCUUCCAACUCUUCAUCGCAGUCACGUCUGGUCCUCGUUUCCUGCUCGUCGCAUUGUGGUACAUCUUGACAUCGAGACCCAACCAGACUCUCCCCAAGUUCAUUCUGGGUGUUGGUAUCUUCAGAACCUUUACCUGCGGAGGCUGGACCUAUGUCACGUCGACCGACGACCAUGACUGGCACGACAUCUUCAUGAUCUCGUACCUGGUCGCAACUCUACCCUGGACCAUUGGCUGCAUUGCCUUGAGCCCCAACAACCCCAAGGCCAUCUACUACCGCAAGGUCUUCGGUGGAGCCUUCUUCGCCACCCUUGUGCCUCUGGUCUACUUCUUCAUCCAGCACAAGGUCCACAAGGUGCCCGGCGCAUACACCAUAUAUGCUUUCUUCGAGUGGGCCCUCGUCCUCCUCGAUGUCGCCUUCGACGCUGUCACUGCACUCGACUUCAGCAGCCUCGAGCUGGUCGUCAAGGACACCAAGGGAACCAGCAAAGGCUCCAACCAAAGAGUCGCCGACAAGCUUGCCGAGACUGAGAAGGACAAGCCCGUUGGCCAGAUCUUUGCUACUACCUACUCCAAGGGCGACAUGUUCGAUGCCUUGGCGGAUGUCUAUCUUGGCUUCACCUUCUGGUCCGUUUUGACUGGCUUGGGCUUGUUGAUUUGGUACUUCCCUCUCUGGCACAUGGGUAUCUCUGGCUAUGAAGCCUUCGUCAUGGCCCCCAUCUCUCCCUUCUUACUGGGCAUUACUUCGUUCCGCAGACUCGUUGUCCACAACAUCCGCGUUGUCCACUUCCUCUCGCUCUCAGGUCUCGUGGCAUUCUUGAUCCCUAAGCCCGAGUACCGUCUGUUCGCUGUUGGAUUCUCCAUCUCAAUGUCUGCCCUCGCAUGGUCUGCUACCUGGUGGUCGGAGCGUGCUCAGCCUGCACGUCUUGAAGCUCGCAUCUCGGCCUUUUCCCUUGGUCUGCUUACUUCGAGUGUUGCAAAGUAUGCUUGCCAAACCAAUAAUCCAAUCUGGCCUGCUGUUCAUGCCGAGAACGGUGGCUGGAACUACACUGGCCUCAUCCUUGCCAUUGUCGCCAUCCUGAGAGUCACUCGUAAGCCGCUUGACCCUCGUGGUGAUGUGCCUGGCUACAAGGCUGUCACCGGUUCCUCUUUCCCUGCUGCUCUUGGUUUCGCCGGUCUGAUGUUCGGAAUGCACUCUCUUCUUUCAGAUUCAAGUACCAUGAUAUCGUGGGUUUGGGAAGGUUUCCCUAUCCGUGGUCCCAUCGCUGUACCCCACGGUAACUACACCUUCCUUGCCAUGGGCCUCGGUCUGCUCAUUGGGCUUUACUACCCUACCUUUGCCCGCAGCUGGACUUUCUAUGGCAUUGGUUCCCUUGGUGCUGCUUUCCUCACUGCCUUCUCCCACUGGUCAGGCUUCUACGGUGGUUUGGCUCUUGCAACUUACCUGAUGGCUGCUGCUCCUGCCUUGAUCGGCAACGCUGCCCGCUACCCACCCGGUCGCACCUUCUUCCUUGGCUUCAUGUUCUACAACAUUUUGGUGCUCGCUCACGUCUGGGUCGUUGCAUACGCUUUCGUACCCGGUGGUCCUCUUAUGCGCGAGCAUACCGACUGGGUCAUGACAGCCAUGAUGCUUUUCAUCGGCUGCGGAGUCUUUUCUGUUACCGCUUCCGAGACUAAGCGCUCCAAGUCUGCCCCUGCCAACCCAUACGCUCGCAAGCAACGUUCCCACUAUAUCUACAUUCUAAUUGGCCUUCAGCUUCUCGGUGCCUCUAUCUCGUACCUUCGCUUCCCUACCUACGAUUACACUCCCUAUCACGCACCGGAGAAGAGUGUUACAGCUGGUAUCUGGACAACGCACUUCGGUCUUGACAACCCCAUGUGGACAUCGGAGCGUCGUAUUGGAGCUCUUGUCAAAGAGAUGGAGCUCGAUGUCUUGGGCUUGCUCGAAUCAGAUACCCAGCGUAUCAUCAUGGGUAACCGCGAUUCCACUCAAUACCUCGCUGAGGAGCUUGGUAUGUAUGUAGAUUACGGUCCGGGCCCCAACAAGCACACCUGGGGCUGCGCUCUGCUCUCCAAGUUCCCGAUCGUAAACUCCACUCAUCACUUGCUUCCUUCGCCCGUUGGUGAGCUUGCCCCUGCUAUUCACGCUACUCUCGACGCCUACGGCGAGAUGAUCGAUGUCUUUGUCUUCCACUCUGGACAAGAAGAAGAUCCCGAGGACAGACGCCUGCAGUCUGAGUAUCUGGCUGAUCUUAUGGGUUCGACCCCUCGUCCUUCUAUCCUGCUCUCCUACCUUGUUACCAAGACUGGCCAGGGCAAUUACAACACCUAUGUUUCUGAGCGCAGUGGCAUGAAAGAUAUUGACCCCAGCGAUGAUUGGGACAGAUGGUGCGAGUACAUUUUGUACAAGGGCUUGAGAAGAUCUGGAUAUGCCAGAGUUUCCAGAGGUACCAUUACUGAUACUGAACUCCAGGUCGGCAAGUUCGUCGUUGGCCAGCCUGAAGGCGGUAAUGAGCAAAUCUCUGAGGAUCAAGUACCUGAGGGCCUGCGCUUCCCUGCUUUGUUCAGGGGCGAGGGUGUCAGAGGUCACAGAUACCACGUCUUUGAUGAGCCUAGAUAUUAUGCUUGA